UUGCAGGAGGUGGAAGCGUUAGUGUCCCACUGGAACCUCUACAUUAACCUAGGAGGCUUCUUCGUUGGGCUCUUCUCCGUGACUCUCUUCGGGCCAUGGAGCGACAGUGCGGGCCGCCGUCCGCGCUUGGGUAUGGCCGCGCAGGCAGCCAUCUACCUUCUCGUCAUGUACCUGCAGCUGCACGUCGCCUAUUUUCUCCUUGGACGCCUCUUGAGUGGCCUCACGGGAGACUACAACCUGAUCCUGGCCAGCUGCUUCGCCUACGUGGCUGACACCAGUGACAAACAUGCGCGUACAUUCCGCGUCGCCAUCCUUGAGGGGUACAUCAACCCCUUUUGGCUCGUCUUUGCUGCCAGUCUUGCUGCCGCCCUCUACGCUGCUUUCUGCCUUCAGGAGUCGGUGAAGCCGCGGAAACCGGCCAAGCUGUUCACGCUCAGUCAUUACAAAUCUGUCUACAGGCUGUACGUGGCCCCAGAACACCUGAGCUCCAGGCGGAAGCUCGCUCUUUACUCCCUGGCUUUCUUUCUAAUUGUCACUGUACAUUUUGGAGCUCGGGACCUCUUCGUUUUGUACGAGCUUGGCUCCCCUCUCUGCUGGGCUGCUGACCUCAUUGGGUACGGCUCAGCUGCCAGUUACCUGGCUUACCUGAGCAGCCUGGCAGGGCUGCGGCUGCUGCAGCUCUGCCUUGAAGACACCUGGGUGGCAGAGAUAGGGCUGAUCUCCAAUAUUUCUGGACUGGUUGUGAUUUCUCUUGCUACUACAACAACACUGAUGUUUACAGGUUAUGGGAUUCUCUUCCUUUCCAUGGCAGCCACUCCAGUCAUCAGAGCCAAGCUCUCCAAGUUGGUCAGUGAGACGGAACAGGGUGCUCUCUUUGCUUCUGUCGCCUGUGUGGAAGGGCUGUGUUCACUGGUGGCUACAGGAGUGUUCAACUCUCUCUACCCUGCCAGCUUGCACUUCAUGAGGGGAUUCCCAUUUCUCUUUGGAGCUAUAAUUCUUCUUAUUCCAGCAGUUAUUAUUGGGUCGAUAGAAAUGUGGGACUCAAACCAUGACUACAGUCACCAUGCAGAUGCUUCCCUGUCCCCUGCAGAUGACUGA